AUGCUCAGGUGGGGAUCCGGACCUUUGGAUGCACUUCUGCCGGGCUUGCCAGCAACUUUCGGUACAGAAGAUGAAGUCUCAAUCUUGAUUGUGCAUCUUUAUGAUAACCACAGCUCCGUUGCGGCGGAUCUAUCGUAUUCGGUCUUCCCCAAGCACAAAAAAAUUGUGCGCAGUGCAAACAUCACUAACCAUAGCAAGGGCAAUAUCACGGUCGAAUCGCUAGUCAGUAUGAGUGUGGACUUCCCAUAUGAGGACUUGGACAUGAUCAGCCUUCGGGGAGACUGGGCAAGGGAAACGCAGCGUGAGCGAAGAAAGGUCGAAUAUGGCACCUAG